GAUAGAUAACACUUCGUAAUCUCUUUAUAAUCAUGGAUGCCGCAAAUCUCUUCAACGUCAAGGACAAAGUCGUUCUUGUUACCGGCGGCGCAAAGGGAAUUGGCCGCAUGAUAUCCGAGGGCUUCGUCGCAAAUGGAGCCAAAGUCUACAUCUCAUCCCGCGAUGCCAAAGCCUGUGAAGCAGCCUGCAAAGAGUUGAAUGCGCUAGGCAGAGGUUCCGCCCACGCCAUCCCAGCCGAUUUCUACAAACUCGAAGAUUGCAAACGCAUGGUCGAUGAAUUACAAAAGAAAGAAUCGAAAUUACACAUCCUGGUCAAUAACUCGGGAAGCAAUUGGGGAGCUCCUUAUGCGGAAUUUCCUGAUGCGGCUUGGACAAGAGUUUUGACUCUUAAUCUCACACGAGUCUUUACUCUUACGCAAGCACUUACCCCUCUUAUGGAAGCAGCUUCUACACCCGAAGACCCCGCACGAAUCAUCAACAUCGGCUCUGUCGACGGAAUCCGCGUGCCUUCUCUCGAAACCUUUUCCUACUCGGCAAGUAAAGCAGGAUUGCAUCAAUUAAGCCGAGUUCUCGCGAAUCAUUUGGGGAAGAGAAAUAUCACGAGUAACGUGCUCGCAUGCGGACCAUUUGAAAGUAAAAUGAUGGCAGCGACGCUCAAGAAUUUCAAGGACGAGAUUGUGAGUGGGAUUCCGCUGGGCAGAAUUGGAAGUAAGGAGGAUGUCGCCGGAGCUUGUUUGUUCCUGGCUAGUAAAGCGGGGAGUUAUGUUAAUGGGGCUACGAUCCCGUUGGAUGGAGGGAGUUUGGUGGGGAGCAAGUUGUAGAUCUUAGUGGGGCGGGGGGAAUAAAUCGCUGUACAAAUUUACUUUUUUUGAACAUUUCAUUUUAUAUUAGGAACGUUGGCAUUUUUUGGUUCGAUUGGAGGGAUUACAUACAAUAUCGCUUGUUCUCGUUUCAUAUUGCGCGCUGGAUAAUGUGAGCGUCGUUAUAGUGCAGAUAUACAACGAAAAGUACUGGAUUGUUCAAGUGAAUGAGAAGAUGAGAAGAUGAGAAGAUGUUACCUAGGCAUAUUAGUCCUCUAUUAUUAUUAUUUCAAGCUAAUUGAAACUACUAGGUAGAUAUCUAUUCGCUGCUCAUCAACUCUCAUAAAUACAUACAUCCCCUCUCUCA